AUGCUCGCCGUGCAUACCAUCAAUGUGCAAUUGCUUGGUAUUUCUACGGUACACGGCAACGCCGCCUGGGAAGACACAAACAAAAAUGCAGCGCGCUGUCUCUAUGCCUUUGGUGCGCCAGAGAACAUACAUGUAUUUCCAGGAGCAUCAAAGCCACUCAUCCGUCUUGCUCGACAUGAUCCCGAGAUCCACGGGAUCGAUGGCCUUGGCGGAGUUGUAGGACUCCCUCCCGCAGAUAUACCAAGUGUGCAGGCGCGACUGGAGCCAUCAGAUGAGCCUGCUAGGGCCCUCAAAGCGAUCUCAGACGCCAUUCGUAGGACAUGGAAGAACGGUGACGGCGAUAAGGUCACCCUCGUAUCAUCCGGUCCAAUGACGAACAUUGCCCUAUUUGUCAGUUUGUAUCCGAACCUACUUCACGGUAUAGAUGAGUUCGUGUUUAUGGGCGGAGGCGUAGGGAUCGGCAAUCGCUCGUCCUCUGCUGCUGAGGCAGCGCAGAUCGUACUCGAUGCUCCGGUCAAGAAAACUAUGAUCCCUCUCAAUGUUACGCAUACCGCGAUAUUAAAUCACGCCAUCUACAAGCGGCUACUCUCCCCAGUAACCCCAACAACUACCUUCGAUGAUCUUCCUGCUGCGUCCACGAAGCUGCGAUACAUGCUCUCCACACUCGUGACAUACUUCGCCGAUGCCUAUAAAUCGACCUUUGGAUUCAUGGAUGGACCCCCGCUUCAUGACGCAUUGACCAUCGCAUACGUCGCACACCCGGAGCUGUUUAAGGUUAGGCGGUACAGAGUAGAUAUCGAGCUCACCGGAGCACUCACGGUCGGCGAGACGGUCGUAGACAUGUACAACUACCGGUCGUGCGACGAUACCUGGGGCUCUUCGGGAAAGAAUUGUCUGGUUGCAGAAGCACUUGAUGUCCCCGGCUUCUUCGAGAUGUUCCUGGAUUGUGUGGCUCGUUGUGACCUGGUGUCUCCUUUGAACAAAUAA